ACCUUUGCCUUGGGGGACGACGACCGCAUUCGUGUCUUAGAACAAGAGUUAUACUCGUUGCGCAAGACAAAGCAAGUAUUCGAUGGAGUAUACAUGCCUCCACGCAAAUCAAAUACAAACACUCGUCAAUCUCCGCCCACGUCAGGAAGUGGUGUGGAAAAAGCCCUGCCCUGGGCGGAUGUAUCUCUGGGCAAAAAUGCGCGGCUACCAGUUACAGUGCCUACAGCUGCUUCAUCAACCACACCAUCUACGUCGCAGCCUAUAGUCACUAUGCCGGAAGCAGACAAGGAGCCAGAACAUCCCUAUCGUGUAGCCAGGGAUGCUACCUAUAUGCCACCAUCCACGCGUAACUUUGCCUCGAACGCACCGAGACCUCAGAACAGAGACCCAGCCUAUCAUACUACCACCCCAGUCUAUCAGCCACGGCUCUCAGACGACGUUUUUAAG